UACUGACGUCAUCUUUGUUUUGAAGAUGGUUUACGUGUCGGGAGGACAGAUGCUGGAGUCCCAGUCUCCAUGGAGACUAAGCUUCAUUCCGGAAAUGUUCUGGGGAAUCAUUAACUUUAUAGUCCUCUUCUUUCAAACAAUGGUUAUGCCAAGUACAACAAAGAAAGGUAGAGAAAGCUACACUACAGAUUAUAGAGUUGGAGGUGGUGGUGGAGGUGGGGGUGGACAAGGGCCCCCUCCCCCACCAAGGAGAAGAAUGGGAGGAUUCAGAGGAGGUGGUGGUGGUCCGAGUCCACCACCAAUGGCAGGAGGUGGAUGAGGCAGAUAAGCGCCCUCUGGUGAAUGCACAAAGAGGGCCUGUUGCCACGACAACCAUAAUCUAAUCAAAUUAUUAUAUGAGACUAUUAUCUAGGGUGAAAAGAGAAACUCUCAAUUUCAAAGGAGUCAUUAACAAAAUAAUGGCAUUGUUCUGAAAUCCUAUUAUAUGCACUGUGUUUAGUUGAAACGUGAUGAUUGGAUUGUGCUUGGGAAGAUGCAUCAGCUAGUUAUUGUUGCUGUGACAACAUUUAAUGAUGCAUUGCUAGGUAACUGUUGCUAAGCAGACUGGCAAUGCUGAUGGAACUGGCUUUUGCACUUCUACAAUAUUUAUUUAUUGAUUUAUGAAACCAUCAAAAGUUGUUAAGUUUACAUUUUACUUGUCUUGUACAGUGUAUAUAUUUCAAAAUAUACAAAAUAAUACACUGCAGUAAAAAUGGUUAUUGCAAAAAUAUUUACAAGGUGUAUAUUAUU